AUGAGGAACUCUUUUCCUCCGACCGACGGUCGACGAUCGGCGACUGAUCGUCGUCAGUCGUCGUCCCCCUCCCCUUCCAUAUAUCAGUGUAACUUCAUCUCUAUUCGCUCCUCUCCGCCGCUCAACCACCGUCCUACUCCGAAGCACCACCACUACCCUAACUCUGAUUUCCCGCCAAAUUACAGGCGCGAUCGGGCUCCGGCGCCUGGAAUCUCCACUUCAGGUACGCGUAUCAGGCCGAAUUUCAUUGUUCAGCUUGUUCACUCGAGAACUAGCGCCGCCAACAGUGACACCAAGCCGUCGUUUUCGGUUAGAGAGCAAGAGAUCACGAGUCUCGCUUCGCUCUGCGAAAUUCCCGAGGAAUCAAUCCAUGUGCCCCAAUUCGGUUGUGUCGCCGGAAGUUUCAGUUUUCGCCAGUGGGUCGACGCACUCUCUGCCGUCGUUGCUCUCUGGGAUUAUCGCCUGCAAAGGAAACAUGAUUUCGUUCCUGAGCUGAUUCCUAAUGUCAUCGUCCCGUCCGACAUGGACGAGCUUAGAGACAGGCUUCGUGAUCUUUUCUCAGCUCACGUUCUCUCGCUUGUGGAAAACGGAGGCGCCGUGAAGAAGGUGAAAGCCGAGAUAGAUGAGAAACGUCGUCAAAUCGAGUCCUUUUCGUCCAAAAGAGGUCUCAGUUUUGAGGUUUUUGAGAAAAGGAAGGUUCUUGAGGCAGAGAGAGAUUCGGUUGUUAAGCGGCUUGAAGAAUUUCAGAAUGCCAUGAAGCGUAUCAUUCGAUUUCUCAAAGGAAAAGAUGGAGAAGAAGACGGCGACAAUGUGGCCGUGUUCAGUUUGGAAGGAGCCUAUGAUUGGCCACGCAUUCAUAAUCUGAUCCGCAGGGAGUGUCGAAGGCUUGAAGAUGGACUGCCUAUCUAUGCCUACCGGCGGAGUAUUUUGCAGAGAAUUCAUGGCGAGCAGGUAAUGGUAUUGAUUGGAGAAACUGGUUCAGGGAAGAGCACUCAGGUAGUUCAGUUCCUUGCUGAUUCCGGAGUUGCGGCUAGCGAGUCGAUUGUUUGUACACAGCCACGGAAAAUUGCUGCCAUGACAUUGGCUGAUCGUGUCAGAGAAGAAAGCAGGGGUUGCUAUGAGGAGAAUUCUAUCCGCUGCACUCCAGCUUUCUCUUCUACCGAACAGAUUACUUCAAAAGUUGUGUACAUGACGGAUAAUUGUCUGCUUCAGCACUACAUCAAAGAUCGGAGUUUGUCUGGCAUUUCAUGCGUUAUUAUUGACGAAGCACAUGAAAGAAGCUUAAACACAGACCUUCUUCUGGCGUUGCUCAAAGAUCUGCUAUGCAGAAGAGUUGACUUAAGGCUUGUCAUCAUGUCUGCCACGGCUGAUGCCAACCAGCUCUCAGACUAUUUCUUCGGCUGUGGGAUUCUUUAUGUCACAGGGAGGAACUUUCCGGUGGAGAUUGUGUAUUCCCCUAGUGACACAGAAGAGACUUGUGUUGUUGGCAAGAUUGCUCCAUAUGUGAAUGACGUUGUUAAGAUGGCAAUGGAAGUGCAUAAAACAGAGAAAGAAGGAACCAUCCUUGCAUUCUUGACUUCCCAAGCAGAGGUAGAAUGGGCGUGCGAAAGGUUUAUAGCUCCAUGUGCAGUGGCUUUACCUUUGCAUGGGAAGCUUUACUUCGAAGAACAGAAUAGGGUUUUCCAGAAUCAUCCUGGGAGACGGAAAGUGAUAUUUGCCACAAAUAUUGCAGAGACCUCCUUGACCAUUCCUGGUGUCAAGUAUGUGAUUGAUUCUGGAAUGGUGAAAGAGAGUAAAUAUGAACCUAGAACGGGGAUGAGCAUCCUCAAGGUCUGCCGGGUUAGUCAGAGUUCUGCUAAACAACGUGCUGGUCGUGCUGGAAGGACAGAAGCAGGAAGAUGUUACAGACUGUACUCAAAGCAGGAUUUUGAUUCAAUGAAUCUUAAUCAGGAACCUGAGAUUCGGAGGGUCCAUCUUGGUGUAGCACUUUUGAGGAUUCUUGCUCUGGGUGUAGGCAACAUAGCGGAUUUUGACUUUGUUGAUGCGCCUGUCCCUGAAGCCAUUGCAAUGGCUGUCCAGAAUCUUGUUCAGUUGGGUGCAGUUGUUGAGAAGAAUGGUGUUCUUAAACUAACACAGGAAGGGCAUUGUUUAGUUAAGCUGGGUCUGGAGCCAAGGCUUGGAAAGUUAAUUCUAGGCUGCUUCAGAUACAGAAUGGGCAAAGAGGGUAUUGUUCUUGCUGCUGUCAUGGCUAAUGCUAGUAGUAUAUUUUGCAGAGUUGGCAACUUCGAUGAUAAGAUGAAAGCUGAUUGCUUAAAGGUACAAUUCUGCAAUCCUAAUGGAGACUUGUUCACUCUUCUUUCGGUGUACAAAGAAUGGGCAUCUCUGCCGCGAGAGAGAAGAAAUAAAUGGUGCUGGGAUAAUAGCCUGAAUGCAAAAUCUAUGAGGAGAUGUGAAGACACAGUCAAGGAAUUGGAGAUAUGCAUUGAGAGAGAACUUACUCUUGUCAGUCCAAGUUACUGGGUUUGGAAUCCAAAUGUGGGUACUAAACACGACAAGCAUUUGAAAAUGGUUAUACUUGCAUCUCUUGCACAAAAUGUGGCGAUGUACACUGGCUACGAUCAGCUUGGAUACGAGGUGGCAUUGACUGGUCAACAAGUUAAGUUACAUCCGUCGUGUUCGUUGCUAGCAUUUGGCCAGAAGCCAAGUUGGGUUGUUUUCGGUGAACUUCUGUCACUUGAGGACCAGUACUUGGUAUGUGCAACUGCGUUUGAUUUUGAGGCUUUGUCUAUGCUUGAUCCACCUCCACCUUUUGAUGCAUCUCAGAUGGAUGAGAGGAGGCUCCGAGUGAAAAAGGUGGUUGGUUGUGGCAGCACUGUGCUUAAACGAUUCUGUGGGAAAUCUAAUCGUAGUCUGCUUUCAAUUGCUUCUCGUGCUAGGUCUCUCUGUAUGAAUGAAAGGAUUGGUAUUCAAGUCGAUGUCGAGCAGAAUGAGAUUCUACUGUAUGCGCCUUCCCUCGACAUGGACAAAGUGUUGGCCCUUGUGAACGAUGCAUUGGAAUGUGAAAAGAAAUGCCUUCGUAAUGAAUGUUUGGAGAAGAAUCUAUAUCAUGGACAGGGGCAAGAACAAAUUGCACUGUUUGGAUCCGGUGCUCAGAUAAAGCAUCUUGAAGUUGAUCAGAGAUUUUUGACAGUUGAUGUACAUUAUUAUGGCGACAAUGUUUUUGUUGACAGAGAACUUGUGACGUUUCUGGAGAAGAAGAUCAAUGGGUGUAUUUGCUCUAUUCAUAAGUUUGCUUCCAACAAGCAAGACUGCGAUGAGAAAGAGAUGUGGGGUAAGAUAACCUUUCUCACUCCGGAAUCUGCUAUGAGGGCAGCAGAAAUUCAGAAAUUUGAUUUCAAUGGAUGCAUGCUUAAACUAUUUCCAUCCAGGUCAAACGGUGGAGGAAUGUUCAAGAUGCCUUCUUUCCCUUCUGUUACAGCUAGAAUCCGUUGGCCGCGAAAGGAAAGCAUUGGCACAGGUUGUCUUAAGUGCCCUUCUGGUGAUAUUGACAGUGUAUUUGCUGAGGUCUCCAAUAUUUUGAUAGGAACAAAUUAUGCCCACAUUAAGAGAGAUCAAAAGUCGGAUGAUUCUAUCUUGAUAAGUGGCCUUGACAGAGAUCUUUCGGAUACAGAAGUUUUAGAUGUUUUGGAGUGCGCUACCGCCAGAAGAGAUCUGAAUUUUUUCUUGUUCAGAGGAAACAGCGUGCAAUGUCCGUCUCCUACUGCUUGCGCAGAAGUGCUUCACAAGAGAAUAUUUAAAUGCAUGUCAUCUAAGAAUCCAGAGCCGAACUGUGUCCAAGUCCAAGUUUUUGAACCAAAAGUAAAGGAUUAUUUCAUGCGAGCUAAGAUUACAUUUGACAGGAGGUUACAUUUGGAAGCUGCGAAAGCUUUGCAGGAGUUAAAUGGAGCGGUGAUACCUGGAUGCCUUCCCUGGCAGAAGAUACAGUGUGAGCAAUUUUUUCAGAGCUCCAUAGUCUGCUCUGCUUCUAUCUAUAACAUAGUGAACAGACAAUUGAGAGAUAAACUAGCAAGCUUCAAGAGACAAAGAGGAGGUGAAUGGCGUCUGGAGCAAACUCAUUACGGUGCUUAUUGGGUUCAGAUUAGUGCUUAUGCAACAAAACCCAUCGCAGAGAUGCGGAGAGAUCUCGAAGAACUCAUGAGAGGAAGACCCAUAAAUCAUCCAGGCUUAACCCCUAAAGUCCUGCAGCAUCUUUUCUCCAGAGAUGGUUAUAUUCUGAUGCGGAAGAUCCAAGAGGAGACUGAAACUUACAUUGUGUUAGACAGGCAUAAUCUCACGGUACGCAUUUGUGGAUCAAGAGAGAAAAUCACCGAGGCCGAACAAGAACUGGUUCAGUCACUUGUGGCCUAUCACGAGAGCAAGCAGCUUGAGAUCCACCUCCGAGGUAAUGAUAUCCGUCCUGACCUCAUGAAGGAAGUUGUGAGGAGGUUUGGUCCGGAUCUCCAAGGUAUCAAAGAGAAGGUACAUGGUGUGGAUCUCAAGCUCAACACCAAGCACCAUAUUAUUCAGGUUCAUGGGAGCAAAGAAAUGAGGCAGGAAGUAGAAAAGAUGGUCUAUGAAAUUGCACGAGAAGAGUGUCCACUGGGUGAAAAACAAGAUGACAUUGAAGUUGAAUGCCCCAUUUGCUUGUCUGAGGUUGACGAUGGCUACUCUCUUGAAGGAUGUUCACACCUCUUCUGCAAAGCCUGUUUGUUGGAACAAUUCGAGGCAUCAAUGAGAAACUUUGACGCGUUUCCCAUACUCUGUUCUCACGCUGGCUGUGAAGCUCCAAUAGUAGUCGCUGAUAUGAGAGCGCUCUUGUCACAGGAGAAGCUCGAUGAGCUCUUCCGAGCAUCCUUGUCCUGUUUUGUAACAUCUAGUGAUGGAAAGUUCCGGUUUUGCUCCACACCUGACUGCCCUUCCAUCUACCGUGUAGCUGGUCCUCACGAAUCCGCCGAGCCGUUUAUCUGCGGAGCCUGCAACUUGGAGACAUGCACAAGGUGUCACCUCGAGUAUCACCCGUAUACCUCUUGUGAGAGGUACAAACAGUUCAAGAGAAAUCCAGACUUGUCGCUAAAGGACUGGGCAAGAGGGAAGGACGUGAAGGAGUGUCCGGUUUGCAGCUCCACGAUAGAGAAAUCUGAAGGGUGUCACCAUCUGCAGUGUCGGUGUGGGAGGCACAUUUGCUGGGUCUGCUUAGACGUCUUCACUCACUCAGAUGCUUGUUAUGAGCAUUUGAGGACAAUUCACGGCGGGAUCGGCAUUGCCAUGGAUCUCGGCAUUCCCAUGCUGUGA